AUGGCGUUGAAGCAUCUGAAGGUGGAUGAGGCUUUAAGAGCUGGAGUAUCUGGUAAAAAGAUCGACAUUGAUAAGUUGAUGGCAUCAACUACGACCACUCUGUUGAGCACAAAUAUUUUGUUCACACCAUCGAGUGUGCCGUUUUGUAGUGCACCUCAAAUAGACAAUAAAAGGAUUACCCUGCUCGAGCCAAAUUCGAAGACAGUUAAAAACUCACUAAAAAGGAAUCAUCCUGAGGGAACGAGCAAUAAAUGCUCAGAGAACAAGCACUCGUCAAAGCCUAGCAGUGCUCUUUCAGGAGAAAAUCGGCAAUCGAAAAGCAGCCAAGCUUCAAAAGCCAGACGACUCAAGUCCGAGGGGAAAUCGCCUGACAAAAAGCAUUCGACAGGGAGGCGACGUCUUCGGAGAAGGGGCACCACCUACAGAAGGACAACUACGACUGAUGUUGCUAACUCGAAAUGA